ACGAAGGGCGACCACGAGACCAAUCAAGAACAGUCACCCCAGUGACACUACAGCUCAAGUUGUCUGUACAUUAUUCUUUUUUAAAUCCCCUAAGUUCGUGUUGGCCUCCCUCGCGACUGAAACGAAAAUGUACUUCCUGUAGUGUGAAACUGAAGUCGUCGAGAGCAAGCCGACGCGAAGAGGGCUCAUAACAGACUCCUCCCUCCCCCCCCCCCCCCCGAGUUGUCCUGGGAAACACUAACAACUGUAAGAAAGUGCACUCGAGCCUCCUGCUUCUGGACACUUCGGAGGGAGAGCCGCACCGCCGCGCAUCCAUUUCUACCCACACCUCAAACUUCUUCUUAAAUUGGGCCCAGCUCCAAACAGCGCGGGUCCGUCCAUCAGGAGGAAGAGUAUGUCUUCUUCUUCUCACUGAGCCUGGUCUGCUCGAGUGCCCAGGGUCAUGAAACUCAAUCCACAGCAAGCGCCACUCUAUGGGCGCUGUGUAAUCACGGUGCAGCUCGCCGACGAAGAGCUGGAUGCGGCUGCGGAGGAGAAGGAGGAGGAGGAGGAGGAGGAGGGCGUCGACUUCUUCCUGCUGUUCGCUGGCAGCACACAGAGGCACCUGACCAGCACCCUCAGGAGCAGUCACGACACCUUGCAGGCGCUGUGUCCCGCUCAUGACUGUUGCGAGGUGGUUUCGGUCACCUUGUGUUCAGCCAGCCGAGGCGUCCCCGAGUCCCCCGAGAACCUAAAGCCCUGUCUGGGUCGCGUGGCUCCAUUGGCCGAGCAUCGAUUCAGCUUUGUCCAGGAUCUGGCUUUUGACAUGGCCCAGUUUCUGGUGAGCACAGCGGGCCGGGCGGAUGGCCUGGACGGGGCUCUGCUGCUGGACGAGUGUCAGAUUCCCCUGCAGGAGUGCGAGCGCUUGGAUGAGAGCCUGGCGCUGGCCCUCCACCACCUCGCGCUGCCUCCGGGAUGGAGCCUACUGGGGAACAAGCUACCCAACAGCAAUGGCCCGAAUCCUCAGGAGACCCUGCUGCACUUCUCAGCGCGUCGAGGCCUCCUCCGGGUGACGCGCUUCUUGCUGCAGCAGGCCGGAGCCGGGGAGGCGCUGCGAUUGGCCAACCGGCAGGGCCACACCCCCUCCGCCGUCGCGGCCCUGCGAGGACACGAACGCCUGCACGAGCUCCUCACGCAGGCCGAGACGGACAACAGGACUGAGACUGUCCAGCUGGUGUCCACGGACGCCCGGGUCGCCUGCCACCUCCCCAGGCUGAACACGCACACUCUGACGCUGAGCAACCGCCCCGGCCACGACCCCCCGACCCUCCGGAGGAGCGUGGAGCAGCUGCUGCACUUGAUACGCCGUCUCCAUGCCGAGGGAGUUCCUGCACUGGAGCUGAAGUUUGAGUCCCUGCACACGGCUGCCGAGUGUUGUGAUGGCGCAGAAACGGAGCUAACCUGUGUGGGGCGACUACAGCGGCCUGCCGCGGCCUCCGAGUGCCUGGAUACAACAAGAGGAGGGAGCUGGGUGGAGAACUGCUCCGUGGAAAGCCGCGGUGGUGUUGAUUGUGGACAUGGUGGGACUGGGAAGGCGGAGAGGGACUGGAGUUUGUCUGUGAGUGCUCCAACGUCAGAAGAGCCUCGGGAGCAUGGCCUCGGCCCCCCAGUGGAAUGGGUGUGUCUCGGCUCAAACACUGGGAGAGAUUGCUGCCAGACGGAGCAGCCCGUCUUUUCCCCGCGGAGUUUGAGUCCGUGUGACAGGAGUGAAGGAGCGCAGAGCGGGGAAGAAGGGCCGAGCCUCACUGUGGGAAUCCCACCGCCGGCCAGCAGAGAUAAGCGGGCAGAGGAAACUGAUAGAGGAGAGGCCGUGAUCUGGGAAGGACAGGAGGCCAAGAAGGGAGAGGACAGAUCAGAGCAGGAAGCAGAGGACUGCACAGCUACAAGGAGGGAGGAGGCGACCGAUCUAAUAAAGCACUGCGAAGACACAAAGGCGUCGGUCAUGGGUCAGUCGCCGUCAUCAGAGGGCUCAGGGGUAUCCGACACCUCUGAUUCUGAAAUGAAGGAGUGCUCUCAGGAAGAAGGGACUGGUGGGAGACUUAGCCCGGAGCCCUGCGACGGACUCUUUUUCCAGGAGGAGAAGGCGGUGAGUGAGGGGUUAACAGAACCUGUGUCACACCCAGGGGGCCUCCCCGACCCACCGCCGAUAGCGCACGGUGAUGUCAUUGGGGGGCCUGAAUCCGCUGUUCCAAGUCUCCUGAUAGAAGGCCUCCACGAGGGGGAACCUCCGCCAGACAUAAACAGCCUGGAACAAAACCAGGAAACAGCUGGCGGGGAUUACGCCACAGAUCAGCCGUGGGGCUCGGCUCCAGAAACUGGGAACGGUACGAGAACAGUGAGCGGUGAAGAGCUCGACGGUGAAGAGCUCGAUGGUGAAGAGCUCGAUGGUGAAGACGCAGCUGAACCUGGACCCGGAUACAGUAUCGAAAGCACCUGUUUGCCCAUGGAGGAACCGGACGUUACAGCUGAUAACCGGACUGCUGUUAACUGCACGGAAGAUCAAUCACCCGGGAUGACAACCAGCUCCGGCAGUAGACUCGCCGAUCACGACCCGGGGACGACCCAAGGCGUCUCCAGCGACGACGACGGCAGUUUCCGCUCAGUCGGAAGCUCCACGACAGAAAUAUUCCACCCCACUCUGGACAGCGCUCUUAUGGAGGACGAGGACGCGCUUCAAACCGCGAUGGCAGAUCUCUCAUCAGCAAGAUUCACGAUGGAGGAACCAAACGAUUUGAACCCGAGGCAAAGCGACGAAUGUGCACCGACCGUGGACGCAGGGCUUUCCCCGCCCGGUGCACCGACAGUGACAGGCCAGGCUGGCAUUGAGCCUGAAUCACAGCCGUCUCCGAGCAUCAACACAAUGGAGGCUUUGAAUGAGGAUCUGUCGCUAGGUCCGGCGUUGUCGGAGAGCGGGGACGCCAGCGACUCUGAGUCGAGCACAGGCACUGAGCGGUCGGCAUCGGAGGUCGCCAGUGGGGUUUUGUUUGAACCCGGUCCGCCUGUUGCAGGAGGAAGUGAAGCGAUUCGCCGUCAGUCAAAAGAGACAUGUGACGAAUCUGCACUGGCCUCGGCUGAAACAAGCGUUGCCGCGCAGCCCGAGCAGGAUAAUUCCAAGAUGACAGCGGAGGAGAGGUCACCCAAUGAGGAUCAGGCCACGGAAGGAGCGCCACCUUCUCCGCGCGCUGAGAACGAAGUGACCGAAAACCUGAAGACUCCCGACACGGUGGACGCGGUGGAUGCGGUGGACGCGGUGGAUGCGGUGGACGGAGCAUUGCAAGGCCACAGCGGUGCAGACCGAAGUGGGCAAACACUGAUUUACUUCAGUCACAAUUCAGAGGUGGAAGUCAUCGUGUCUGGUGGAGCAGUAAUUGGUGCAGAGGAGGAAGAACAUGCCUCCCUCGAGGAAACGGCCGUCUCCAUGAUCCACCGAGACAGAGAGGCGUCGUUCCAUCAGCCCUGCAACACUCAGCACUCAGAACCCUCGCGGCCUCCAGCUCUCCCCAGUUUGCCCAGUAGAACCAGCAGUGCCACCAGCUGUCCCUCCGCAGCUCACAGAGACUCUGGCAGCGACAUCGAAGGCCUCCUGAACGCAGAGCCAGGAUACGACAGCGUCUUCAGAAAGAACGAUGAACCAGUGACGGGAAGAGACAGCGCCAGCGAGGUCUCCGUCUCCUGUUCCUCCACAGACGACGCCGCCAGCGUCGGCCCGUCCAGCUCCAGUCCCGAGGGCAGCCGGGUCCUUGAAUGCAGCUGGAGCCCAGAGGAGGCCGGGGCUCCGAUCACUGCAGGACUGGACAGCGUUGGAGACGGAGGAGCUGGGGACGCUGAAGAAGAAGCUAAAGACAGGGUGACGGAGGUGCCGCGGCGCUCCAGUAUCCUCCGGAACAGCAUCCGCUCGCUGUCGCCCCUUCGCCGCCACAGCUGGGGACCCGGAAAGAACAACGGAGGAGACGCAGAGAUGAACCAGAGGAGCUCCAUCCGUAGCCCUGGUGAGGGGAAGCCGACCUUUCACAGGAGAAGCUACAGCCUGGAGGGGCUCAGUGGGGCCCAGGAAGAGCUGAGGGGCCCCGCCACUCAGGGGCCCCGAAUCCUGGAGCCUUCCAGGAUGCCCCGGCAUGACAGCGAUGACAGGGGCUCCCUGGUGUCCCUGACAGUGGAGCAGGAGGUGCUGGGGCAGCAUGGCAGACUGCAUGACCUGAAGUCAAGGCGGUAUCGGCCUCUGCGAAACAGCUGUCCUCCCAUGACCCUGCCCCUCACCAAGUCUGUAUCCAUGCUCGCCAUCAGCCAGAGAGACAUUGAUGGUAUGAGAUCGUUCUCCAGCGCCUCAGGGUCACUAGCGUACAGUAUAUCAGAGGAGGAGCCGGGCCCUCUGCGGAGCGACACCGAUGGAAAGAGCACAACGAAAGUCAGUCGGACUUUCAGCUACCUCAAGAACAAGAUGUACAAAAAGACCAGGGAAAAAGACCGCGAGAAAAAGGAGAAGGACAAGGAGGGCAAGGAGAAGGACAAGAAGGCGAUCAACGGUCAUCUGUUCACACCAGUCAGCUCGGGACCGGCAGCCCAGUGCUUCCAGUGCAAUAAGGCUUUCAACAGCAAGGAGGCUUUCCAGUGCACGCACUGUAAUGCCUCCGUCCACAAGAGCUGCAGGGACAGCCUGCCCGUUUGUGCCAAGGUGAAGAUGAAGCUGCCCAAACAGCAGUUUGCAGUACACGAUUCAAGCUCUUUUCCGACGGUCACGAUGAGGAACAAAUCUGGUGGGACAAGGGAGCGCCCCUGGUCUGCCAUCUUGUCCCCCGAGGACCAUUCUUCCCUGAUGCUCCCGUCACGGAGACACACCAGCAUGAUGGCUUUCCAUGGCAACAACCUCUCCAAGAGUCUCUCCAUCAGCAACAUCGCUGGUCCGGUGUUUGACGACAUGCCCAUUAAAGGCCUGCGGUAUCUCUCCCAGUCUACUGACUCCCUCAACAGAACCAACCAGGUCACGGAGUCCAUGGAGUCACUCACUGAUGAAGGGACGGAGAUGAUGGACGGCCAGCUGAUGGGGGAGUUUGAGGCCGAGGCCAAGGAGCUGGAAGCUGACUCGUGGAGUUUAUGUGCCGAGCAGCAGUACCUGCAGCAGCUGGACAAGGACCUGGCGAAGAGACAGGACGUCAUCUACGAGCUGAUGCAGACGGAGAUGCACCACAUCCGGACGUUGCGCAUCAUGUCCGAGGUCUUCAGCAAAGGCCUGCAGAAGGAGGUACAGCUGGAGCUGCAGACGGUGGAGAAGCUGUUCCCCGCUCUCGACGAGCUCCUGGAGCUCCACUCGCAGCACCUCCUCCGCCUCCUGGAGAGGAAGAGGGAGAGCCAGCUGGAGGGGGGGAGCUCAGAGGGAGGCUUCAUCAUCAACAGGAUAGGGGACAUCCUAGUCGGCCAGUUCUCGGGGUGCAACGGGGAAAGCAUGAAGAGGGUUUACGGAAGAUUCUGCAGCCGCCACAACGAGGCCGUGAACUUCUACAAGGACCUGCUGACCAAAGACAAACGCUUCAAGGCCUUUAUCAAAAAAAAGAUGAGUAGCAGCAUUGUGCGGAGGCUUGGUAUCCCAGAAUGCAUCUUGCUGGUGACGCAGAGGAUAACAAAGUACCCGGUGCUAAUUCAGAGAAUGCUGCAGCACACGAAAGAAAGCGAGGACGACCACGAGGACCUGACGGAGGCUGUCCGGCUGGUGAAGGAGGUGAUCGCCGCCGUCGACAGCAAGGUGAACGAGCACGAUAAGAGGCGCCGCCUGAAGGACUUUCACGGCCGCAUGGACAGCAAGUCCAUCAUGAUGACGAAGAGUGGUCAGAUCUUCGCCAGGGAGGAUCUGCUGAGGAGGAGGCUGAUCCACGAUGGCGUGCUGCAGCUGAAGAACUGCCAGGGGAGACUGAAGGAUGUCCAUGCUCUGCUGCUAUCGGACGUCUUCGUCUUCCUCCAAGAGAAAGACCAGAAAUAUGUCUUCGCCAUGCUGGACCAGCGCUGCACGGUCAUCUCCCUCCAGAAGCUGAUCGUGAGGGAGGUGGCCAACGAAGAGCGCGGCCUCUUCCUCAUCACGGCGGGCAUCGAGAAGCCGGAGAUGAUGGAGGUCCUGGCCAGCUCCAAGGACGAACGCAACACCUGGAUGCAGCUCAUCCAGGAAGCCAUGCAGUCCAUGGAGAAGGAUGAGGACGAAGGGAUUCCCAGUGAGACGGAAGAUGACAAGAGACAGCUGGAGACGAAAGCCAAGGAGAUGCGAGGUCUGUUGAGGCAGAAGGACACAGAGAUCCUGUCUCUGCUGGAGGAGAAGGUGCAGCUCUUCAGGGGGAUGUGGGAGCCUCUGAACCCAGGCGAGGAGGUCUACCGGCAGGUCCAGCCUUUCUUCAGGUCGGCCUGCAGUCUGGAGCCCCCCAGGGGGGCGUCCAUCAUGUCGGACGCCCUGCAGGAAGUGGAGACGCUGCAGGGCCUGGUGAACGGCAGCCUGGGCGGGGCCAUGGCCAGCGUCCAAGAGGGAGGGGGAGGGGCAGCGGGGCCGGUGUGUUUGCCCCGGCGAGCCGAGACCUUCGGAGGCUUCGACAGCCACCAGAUGCACAGCAGUAAGGGUGGAGACGGCGACGAGAGCGACGACACGGCGGGAGAUCUGCGCAGGACGGAGUCCGACAGCGUUUUAAAGAAGGGAGGAAACGCCAACAUGCUGCUGCUGCUGAAGAGGAACAGUGAGCAGGUCCUCCACCGUGUCUCCAAUCUGCAUCUCCUGCUCAGCACCCUGCAGGCGGUGGUGGUCCAGCAGGACAGCUUCAUCGAGGACCAGCGGCAGGCCCUGAGCGAGCGCUCCUCCUCGUCCUGCGCGUCGCUGCCGCGGCCCUCCUCGCGGCCCAGCUCGCUGAUUGAACAGGAGAAGCAGCGCAGCCUGGAGAAGCAGCGGCAGGAGCUGGCGUCCCUGCAGAGGCAGCAGGCGGCCCACGCCGAGGAGAAGAGGAGGCGCGAGAAGGAGUGGGAGACGAGGGAACAGCGGCUGACGGAGAGGGAGGGGCAGGUUCACGUGCAGCAGGAGGAGGAGGUCCUGAAGCGGCAGAAGGAGCUGGAGGAGGAGAAGCACGGGCUGCAGAGUAGGAAGGAGGAGUACCAGAAGGACCUGGAGAGGCUGAGGGACGCCCAGAGGAAGCUGGAGAGGGACAGAGAGGCCGUGCAGCGGCAGCUCGACAAGAUGGAGGAGCUGCGCCUGUCUGAGGGGACUCCCUCCACCACGUGGGAUGAAUCCCAGAUCCCCAGCAGCUCCCAGUCUCUGGAGCUGGACCUGCCGGAGCCCUCCUCCUCCUCCUCCUCCUCUUCCUCCUCUUCCACCCUGCUGAGGCUGCAGCCCCAGCGGUCUAAGCCCAAAGGGAAAGGCCUCAAUCCCUUCACCUCAUCCUCCAUCAACCUCAAAGGCGGCGAAGCCAACAACCAGCUCUCAAAGAGCAUGCUGCAGCUGGCCAAGAACAAGAGCAAAGAGGAGAAGGAGAAGGAGAAGAAGAAGAAGAAGGAGAAGGGCAAAGGGGGGAGCACACCGGAAGCAGGUAGAGAAUGACCUCCCGGAGCCUCCUCUGGAUGGAGAGAUCUUCUUCUGCUGAGAGACGUGGCCCUCCUCCUCCUCCUCCUCCUCAACCAGUCACAGCCAUUCAGGAGGAAUGUGUUACUGCCAAGUAGUAAUACAUUCAUCUCCAUACGCUUUUUGGGACCUUUAACAUCACCUUGAAAAUACUUUUAUUCUCUGAAUUGUACGGUAGACAUGCAUUGCUUUUAGUCUCUGGAAAGUCAAAUGUUUUAGGGAUUCUGUGCUCAAGUAGACGUGCAUACUUGCAGUACGUGAAAAAAAUAGGCAACGGGGGAGUAACAGCACAUUUCGGGGUAUUCGGUUUCCUUUUCCAAAGCCACCACGGUUCGGCGAUUCAUCUCUUCGUUUGGGAGAAUUCUGAGUUUGUGCGCGUCGAAUCGAAAGCGCUUCACGGCAGGCCGCCCUCACAAGCUCUGCCAGGUACGUCUCCGGGUCCACUGCCCUACUGGUGUUCGGGUGUAAAGUGUCACACCAGCACACACAAAGACUCAGACAAUACCCAGAAGGCCACUGGAGACACAUCACUCCCGCUCAUUUACUCUCGACAAUUAAUCAGAGGACUGAAGCCCAAACCAAGAAGUGCUUUCAGUCCAAAAUGCUACUGUAUGGAUCCAAACUGAAAGAAAACAUUCCUUUACUGACUACUUGAAAAGCAGAUGUUGCCUCCUGGAAUUCAAAUACGUUGGGCAAUCUUCUACAGAGACGUUAUGCCAUCAAUCUUGUUCCCCGGCUCGGUUUUAAUUUCUUUGAAGAAUGGAUUUCUCCAUUUGUGAGUGAAGCGCUUCAGAUGCGUGCGUCUCCGUUUCCAGACGCGGCCGUGAUAAAAAAGAAAGGACUGAGACAUAUCUUCCAGGCGUCUAAUGGAUCAAUUCAUAUCCUUUAGUGUGUUUUAGAGCCGUGGAUAGAUAUUAGCUUGAUCCUUGCUUUAUCUCCCCGUCAAUGGGCUUUUAUGCGGCCCUCAUCGCUCAUCCCGGCGCCCACGAGUGGAGCCUUCCUUCGGCGUUUUUUUAUUAUUUUUAUUGCGUGUAACUCUGCAGGUAGCAUACUAAUGGCUUCUGUGUGUUAGAGAGUUCAGCGGCUCCGAUGAUAGACUGUGGAUGCACGCAGCUGGCGCUUUGAGACUAAAGGAGUGUGUUAAUCUGGGGACAAAGCAGCUGCCUAGAGGAAAUAAACACCGAAAUGACGCUCUGUUUGGACACCUGAUCGGGGAUGGCGGCUCAGUGUCUGAUCAUUUCAAAUGAACCCGACAACAGCGGUGUUGGGAGGCACUUUGGUCCAAAAUAUGUUCACGCUUUUUUAUUUUUUGUUAUCAGUGUGAGAUAUCAAUCAAGGAGAUCUUUGUAUUCUGUGAAAUUAUUAUUAUUAUUAUUAUUAUUAUUUUUAAAUCGAGGGCACAGAUGCUCACGGAAAGCAACGAUGAUCCAAAGCGAGAUAACGUGUUGACGUACAUAACAGACGCUACGUUUUGUUAGCGCUGGAACGGAAAGGAGGGGCGGGGCGUAGCUUCUAUGUAAGGUUUCCACGGUGACCUGUCUGACCUUUUUUUGAAGCCUGUGUUCUAUCCCCACUAAUCCAAGCCCAGAUUGUGGGCCGCACACGCUACCUGCUGGACAGGUAGGACGUAAGAAACGGAAGACGAAGUUUAAAAAACAGCAACAUAGAAAUAGUGAACAGAGAGCAGCGCCACCGAACUGCUUUUCUGGCUGCCUCUUUGGUCUGCUCUGUGAACUGUGCUCUAUGUCCAGGCUUUUAUUAUAGUGUGUCUUCCAAGAGGCUAACGGGGGACGGCCAAUUAGGGGCUCCAUGUCGCUUGUUUGUGGAGAGGAACCGGCCUCUUGUUUUGAGUCUCGGUUGCUUUAGGUGUGUUUUGACCACUAGGGAGCACUGCAUCUAUCACUCACACAAUAACAACAAUAACUAGAAAGUAAGAAACAAUGUUUUUCUUUCUUUUUUUUUUUUUUUUACAUAUUCUCCCUGCUGUGAGGAAUUGACACAGUUUUCUCAGCAGGUCAUCGGCGUACAGAGAUAACGUGCUGAGAGUGUGGGCGCUCACGCUCUGUGACAUUUCUGCCACUGCAUUUGUAAUUGACUGCCGAAACACGAAGACGUUGUCGGAGAUUGUAAAUCGGUUAUUCGGUGAAACCAGUCAGCGGCAGCUUUAAUGUGGGGAAAGAAAAAUCAAAGCAAAGGAAGACGUUGCGGUCGGAGGGAGCGACCGGGCAGAACCACAAACCUCUCUCUGUAAAGGACAAUCAGCAGACACGAGACUGGAAACUCCAGCCCCGACGAGGAUGAUGAGGAUGAUGAGGAUGAUGAGGGCUGUCCAUGAGGCCAGUGUGUCCAUCAGGUGAACCCUGCGUAGCCUUAAAUCUUAAACGAUAAAAUGCACUAGAGUAGAGCCGAGCAUCUUCUCAGGAGAGAGAGGAGAUCAUUUGUACCUCUGCUUUGAAACGAAGGUUUGUGUUGGUUCCCAACAAUGUAAACAAGAGAAAAAAAGGGCAAAGACAAAUAUGUAAAUAUGAUUCAUGUAUAAAACAAAUCAAAUGUACAAAAACAGGAAAAAAAAAGAAGUUUCAUUUGUGAUCUAUUUCAACAUUUUGUAAGAAUGUUUUAUUUAUGUUUUAUUCUCACCCAUGGGGUGAUGUAAAGUCACAUUUCUCUCAUAAUAAAGAAAAACAAAAUCAUAAUGGA